AUGUCCUAUUCAACCGCCUGUUGCUCUAUCCCCCCAAUCAUUUCUAAAGGUUACGGGGAGAAAGGCGCCUAUAAGAAUGUGGCUGGCCUCAAAACUUAUGUGACUGGGCCGCCUUCCGCCAACAAAGCCAUUCUCCUCGUCUACGAUAUUUUCGGGUUCUCUCCUCAAACGUUGCAAGGCGCCGAUAUCCUCGCGAUGAGUGAUAGAAGCAAUCCAUAUCGCGUCUUUGUUCCCGAUUUCUUCCAGGGCAAGGCCGCUGACAUCUCCUGGUACCCGCCAACGACGGAUAAACACCAGGAGGCGCUACAAAACUUCUUCAGCAGCGUCGCUAAUCCGGAAAAAUCGGUAGCUCGCAUCCCACAGACCGCUGAGGCCAUCAAAAAUUACGGUGCUAACAUUGAGCACGUUUUUGCACUUGGCAUGUGCUGGGGCGGUAAAGUUGUGGCCCUUUCGAGUGGCGAUGCGACCCCUUUCAAAGCCGUUGCUCAGGUCCACCCGGCCAUGCUCGAUCCAGAGGAUGCAAAAAAGGUCACAGUCCCAAUAUGCACACUAGCUUCAAAGGACGAGGAUCCCAACGAUGUAUCCGGCUUCAAUGCAAACCUCAAUGUUCAAAGUUACGUGGAAACUUUCGAGGACCAGAUUCAUGGAUGGAUGGGGACACGCGCAGACCUCGACGACCCGAACGUACGUGAAAAGUACAAAAGCGGAUACCAGACCGUUCUCGACUUCUUCGGCCGCCAGAUGUAG